AUUCAGACUGCUUCUACAAACAUUUGUGAAAAGUUGUGCAAUAAGUCCGUCUGUGAAAUUUCCUUGCUACUAAAUGUGCCAUGGUCAACUGUUAGUGAUAUUAUAACAAAGUGGAAGCAACUGGGAACAACAGCAAAGCCACGUAAAAUGACAGAGCGGGUCAGUGCAUGCUGAAGCGCACAGUGCGCAGAAGUUGCCAACUGUCUGCAGAGUCAAUAGCUAAAGACCUCCAAACUUUGUGUGGCAUUCAGAUUAGCACAACAACAGUGUGUAGAGCGCUUCAUGGAAUGGGUUUCCAUGGCCGAGUAGCUGCAUCCAAGCCUUACAUCACCAAGUGCAAUGCAAAGUAUUGGAUGCAGUGGUGUAAAGCACGCCGCCACUGGACUCUA